AUGAUGGAUUUUUUCAUUGCCAAAAACCACAACACUCCCGCACCGGCGUCGACGACAAUGGAAAUUCUGGAACUACCCUAUGGCAAGCUAGAUUCCGAGUGCGAGUAUAAACCCAGCAUCGAGCCGGUUGCGAAGGAGCUGCCAAAAAUUGUUCUAAAAACCCCAACUCCUGAACCCGAGCCUGUAUUCUCGGGCUUCAACUACUUGCCGAUGGAGUUGCUGCUGAAAGUGAUGAAGCAAAUUUCCGUCGACGAUCGUCUCGCGUGUGGUGAAACCUGCCACAGAUGGAUGGAAGCGGCACACUACUACCUGCCGUUCAGUCAGCGGAUCAUUUACAAGUUCACGAACGUCAACUUCACGGACUACGAGCCCCCGAUCAAGAACUUCCUGGACGCGUUUCGCAUUUUCCCGCGGAUCGCGAUCAAAUCGUGCACGUUCUACGGCAACAGCCAGUUCUGGGGGCUGUUUGGAGAGCACGUCCUCGAGCUGACGAUAAAGAACUGCCUGAUCAAGGAUUCCGAGCUGCUGCACAUCUUGGAGAACGUGCCAAAUCUGCGCCAGCUGAAAAUAGAGCAGUGCGACGAGCUGUUUCGGUCGUGGUAUUUCGAGAAGCGUAAUACCUGCUGCGAGACCCACUUUGUGCUGCCGGACCUGGUGGACGUGUCGCUCACGAACAAUGACUUCUUGGACGAGCUGCACUUCAACAAGCUGAUGACGCUGGCACCGAAUAUUGCGCAUUUGGAUCUGUCCAACUGCUUCAAGAUGAUUGCGGCGCAUCGGCGUGUCGCGAUGGUGGAGCACAUCAUGCGAUUUAUCAACAUGCAUCAGUUCCAGCUGCAGACGCUUAAGUUUAACGGUACGCUUGCGAUCGACGACAUCUGUCUCAGCACACUCUCCAUGAUCGAUGGGUUGAAUCUCGAAACGUUCAGUAUGACAUUCUGCGAUAAGAUUCCGGCAGCGAUCAUUGAUCUGUUGCGACGACAGCCGGAUCUCAACAUCACACAGGAUCUUGAGUGGAAAGUCGGAAGGCAUCCGAUAAAGGCGCCCGGUUUCAUCAGUUUUCUAGUGCGUCAAACGAACCUCGUACAUCUGGACUUGACGUCUUCGCUUGGCAUCACUGACGAGGUGAUGGAACUGAUCACAACCUGCCUGCCGAAGCUGAAAACACUCAAACUGCGCCGUUGCAUCCUCGUGACGGACGAAGGCAUCAUGAACAUCGUCAAUCUCGACCAACUGGAGGUGUUGGAUCUGUCCAACUGCUAUCGUAUCUCCGAUCACGCCAUGUACCGAGGCGUGAUCGGGCGGAAGGUGAAGAACCUGAAAGAGCUGUACCUGUGCGAGCUUCCAACGCUCAGUGACUACUCGCUGAUCCAGGUGACGCUCAACUACGAGAUGCUGCAGAUCCUGGACCUAAGCAACAGUCCGAACGCGGCGACGGACGCGACCAUGCAGUACAUCAACUACUAUCUCGUGUCGCUGAAGCAGCUGCAUCUGUACUGCUGCACGAAGCUGACCGAUUCCGGGCUUACGGGGAUCGACCUGCCGAUCAAACCGAUGAUCACCUGGGAUCAGGAGGAAACAUUCCCGCUCGAUCGGUUGUUUAAGCUGCGCGUGCUUAACCUAAUCGGGUGCUACAAGAUCACGGAUCUCUCGCUGCAGGAGGCAUUCAAGCUGGCCGAGCUGAAGGAGCUCUAUCUCGCGCGGUGUUAUCAGAUAUCGGAGAAAGGCAUCGAAGUGCUGGCCCACAGCGCUAAAGCCCUGGAAUUCAUCGACAUCAGCGAAUGCCCUAAUGUGAACGACAACUGCAUCGAGAUGCUGACGUUCAACCUGAAGCGAUUGCGCACUCUCAAAGUCAACAAGUGUCCGCUGCUGACGAACGCCUGCCUGGAGAUAAUUGGCCGAAACUGCAGCUACUUGAAGUUCCUUCACAUAAGCGGCUGCACGCGGGUAAAAAAGCCCCAGAAACGGCUCGCGCAUCUUCGCUCGCUGAAGGCGGUGUACGUCGAGUGGGAGUGA